AUGAUCUACAAAUAUGCCUUCAUUUUAUCGACUUUGGUGUUAUUGAAUUGGUACGUGCAGAGAAAACUCAAAAUUAGACGAGAAAUAUUGCAGAAUUGCAGAUAUCUCGAAAACGAUAACGAUGACAACCACGGAUCCCAAUAUCAAGUGACCAAAAAUGACUUGACGGUCAUUCUAAAAGGCAAUCGGGCUGUAUUGGUUUUUAUCAGUGGCUUGAUUCUGCUUGGAUACUUUAUCRGGAUGUUACCGACCGGAUUCACUUCGCAUCUAAUACUUUUCUUGAUACUAAUAUACGCCCUUAACACGCUAAUGUCAAAGUAUUAUGCAAUUAACGUAAUUUGGUGUCAUGGGAUCAUUUCAAUAAACGCUGACAUUGAUUUGAUAUUCUUUCCAAAAUUAAGAAUAUUUAAAGUAUUCAAACUCAGAGCUAGUGGUGAAACAACGACACAACAUUAA